CUUGGUGCUGGCCAGAAGGGAGCAGAGGGUGGAGUUCAGCCUUUCAGUCUUCCUGGGCUUGCCUCCUACUUUCAAAUUUGCCUUCUUCUUUCCAUCCAGUGUGUGAUGGAAGCUGGAGUAUAUCCUCUUUAAAACCUAGAACCAAAAACCCACUGAAGAAGCUGCAAAGGGGUUUGUUUUUUUUUUUUUUUGGCUGUUUUUGUUGGUAUUAAAAAUUAUUUUAUAUCCUGUUUUCACUGUCUUUACACCAAUGGUUGAAAGCAGUAUUUGGUCUGUGACUUUACAGGAGAGGGAAAACCGCAGGCUCCAAGAAGCAAGCAUGCGGCUGGAGCAGGAGAAUGAUGACCUUGCCCAUGAGCUUGUAACAAGCAAAAUUGCCUUACGAAAUGACCUGGACCAGCUGAAGGAAGUCUUCAGGAAGCAGUUAGAGAAGGCAGAAUCUGAGAUCAAGAAGACCACAGCCAUUAUUGCAGAGUAUAAACAGAUUUGUUCCCAGCUGAGUACCAGGCUGGAAAAACAACAAGCAGCCAGUAAAGAUGAACUGGAAGUUGUGAAGGGUAAAGUGAUGGCCUGCAAACACUGCAGUGAGAUUUUCAGCAAGGAGGGGGCACUGAAGCUGCCUGCUGUAAGCACGGAGAAUAAAGGCAUAGAAACAGAUGAUGAGAAGGAUGCACUGAAGAAGCAGCUGAGAGAGAUGGAGCUGGAACUUGCACAGACCAAACUGCAGCUGGUGGAAGCCAAGUGCAAAAUUCAGGAGCUGGAGCACCAGAGAGGAGCCCUUAUGAAUGAAAUCCAAGCUGCCAAAAACUCUUGGUUUAGCAAAACCCUGAACUCUAUCAAAACGGCCACAGGCACACAGCCACCCCAGCAGCCUCAGCCGCCCCUGCCUCCCAAAGAGGGCAGUACAUAGUUCCAGCCAGACCCAAUACAAGAGCACAAAGAACAACACAACUGAAACCCUGGAGGAUUCUUCCAGUGGUCUCUCCUCUUGGGGAAAGGACAAAAGGCAGGAGUGCAGGCUUGAAGUGAAAUUCUUCGAUGUUUUUCAUUCAUUCUGAUGUGACCCUUUUCAAAAGGGGAAAAAAAAAUAUUCCUGUUUUAUGUUGAAUUCUUACUUCCCAAACUGCCUUGCUGAAAGCCACGUUCUGAUACCUUCAUACUUUUACACUUUAUUUUAUAUGACUAGAUGUUAAAUAAAUACUUCAAAACUAGGUCUUUAAUACAUGACUAAUUAUUCAAAAUUAUUUUUAUCUUGCAUAGAAGGUUUUUUCUUCUUCUGGAGGAAGAGAGAGAAUGGAAAACGUAAAGUACUGAAGCAUAAUCUCUUCGUAGAAAGCACAGUGUAGUAAGUACUAGUGUGUGUGCGCCGGCAUCUAGGAUAACUUACGCCCUGGGACCAUCUCAGAAGUUUAUCGCAGUGACUGCGUCCUGCAGAGAAGCACUUUUUGUAAAGCUUAGGCCAUAGCAAAGGUAGUCUUGUGCUCUCUUGGCACAGUUGUUUAUGAGCUUCCCUGAUAAUUUCUUAGUUUUGAUUGUUUUUUCUUCAGAAAUGCAAGUAGUGCAGUUCUUUGUAGCACUAUUGUUUAAAGGCCAUUUACAGCUGAACUGGAAUUUAACAUAAAGUUAUCUAGUUCCCUUUUUUAUUUCAUGUUUAUACUAAGGAUUCCAAGAAACAAUUCCUUCCGCUGGGAUAAAGGGAAAACUGUUCAACAUUCAUCUGUUGUUUUUGCUGAGAAGCAGAGUAAGGACCUUGCAUAGUUUUGACCUUUUGCGAAUCCUGUGCAAUAAAGGGUAGGUUUUAUGAAUAAAAAUAAUGAAAACCUUUCCCUGGGUCUAUAUUCAAAUUCUGAAUUUGACACAGAAAUGAGGUUAUCAAAUAAAAACCCCAAAAGGCUUGUGCUGCACUGGUGAAUAAAACAUCACAGAAGCAAGAUACGUUUGCUAGAAGUAUUUGGUUAGGAAUCGCUACGUUGGUAUUACUUAUUUUUAUAAAACCAAACAUUUUCAAGUGGAAUACAAAACCGAGACUUCCCCGUGGGCUAGACUUCUCUGAUGAUUCCCAAACCUGUCUGGUUGUUUUAUAUCUCUUAAGGUAAGAAAAUUCAAAAGCAUUUGUUUUGACUGAACAUAAAGUAUUUAUAGAAAUACUUAUUUCAUGGAAAAUUAAACUAUUGCUUGAACUAAUGGAAUAUUUUUUUAAUUAUACCUGUCAUGUCUAAAGAUGGUCUUGCAGGUAAAUAUCAUUGCUGGACUGAAGGUUGUGUAUUAAUUGUUCCAUUCACAAAACUGUUGCAGGGACAUUAGUUCUGUUUUGAUCUUUCUUUUUUUUAAUUCCAAGGAAUGCCAUAUCUUGUCAGUUUUGUACAAUAAAAUUUAAUGAUACCCAUCUUGUGCUUUGUUGUCAAGCAUAAUUGUGAAUUAUUGUAAACAGGGUAGUAAAAUUAAAUGUUACCUGUGCCAAAGGAAUGGUUCUGAAAGGCAGUCGGCUGUUCGAAGUGGAGAUCAAACUACAAUCACUAUCCUGAUGCAACCGUCCUGCAACGAAAUUCUCUCUUCUAAGAUUAAGAGGUUAAAAAAUGUUAAUAUUUUAAAAUGUACCUGCAAGAACAGUGAUUAUCUGGAAAUAUUCAAACAGUGAGAAAAAGGGGGGGGGAAAAGCAGGAGGAAUUGCUUCUGCAAAUAUUAACAAAGAUCUUUUUCCCUGGUCACAUUCUUGCUGAUAAUAUUUGCAUAAAUGUUUCCAUUCUCAUGACUGUCUGAACCUAGCGUUAGUCAUUCACUUACCAGUUCCGCUUCACACUCGAACUCGGUAAUAAAUUUGAAGUGACAUUUAAGAAUACUUGGUGCACACCUGAUUGUUACAUUUGAGAUUCCUGUGCCAAUGAGUGGCACUGAUGGUUUGACAAGUGUCCGAAUUUGUCAUUUCACUUAUCUUAAAUCAUACUUUAAACCCUUGAUUGGAAAAUUGCAGUAAUAAUAACAAUUAAAAAAAAAAGGUUAAGACUGUGAUUCCCUGAGCAGCUGAAUUAACGUAACAUCUCGCUGCUGCUCAAAGAUCUCACCCCUCCCAACUCCCCUUUGUGCAGUUGUGUCCCUUGUCCUUGUUAUGGCACUUACUGGAGAUGAUUAAAAACAACAGCAACAAAAGAUGUGGGCAUAUUCUCCUCCCUCCCCUUAGUUUUUCGCCAAGUUAAUGAGUUAAGUCAUCUCAAAGGGUCCAAUGAGUGCAAGCGGAUCGUGGGAGCGGGACUUCCCCAGUUCAUCAAAAAAGAACUGUUAAAUACACUCACCGUGUUUCAUGGAACUGGCUUUGACACAACAUCAUCUUUCGCAGUGUAGCAGCUCUCUGACUUUGGAAGUUGAGUUUCUGUGACAAAAAUGUGUUUGUUACCUGCCAGCCACGAUUAUUUCAAAACGUUGUAGGAUGGAAGCUGGCUUACAUCAGCAAAAAAAGUUUCAGAAGGCAAUGGCUGCGUUAUCACUCUUGGCAACGAUGUAAGGGCAGUAAACUAUUUUCACCUUCCAUCUGUAGAGCCAGGGUGGCGUUUGUAGCAGUGGCAUUUGGCAUGUUUAUGUGAAAACUGUGUCUUCUCAAAACUACUGAAAGAAUAAGGAAAUAGCCCUAUGGCGUUAGCUUGAUGAAUAAGCAUAGUUACAUUCGGAAACAAGGGAAGGAGCAGGGCUGCAGGAUUAAAACAGGCAGACUAAAAUUCCACCUGCUGUGACUAUGCGUGCUACUGGGAAACUCAGCUUCCCGUGAGAAAACCAAGCUGGGUUUUAAUUAGCCCUUUCAGCAGCGUGUGACAGAGCUAUGCGCACACGUAUCCCA